CCAUAAGCCUGCCGCACUGGAAGCUUCCGGUGGCAAAAUAUUAGCAACAUUAGCGAACACGUAGCACUGCAAAACAGCGGAUCCUUGCUGUUUCUACCUAAAGUGCACAACUGUAUAUUUUUUAUUUCGACCAUUAAAUGCUCAAAGCAUUUAUCAAAGCAAACGAUAGUGUGUUCGGUUUGUAAUGUAUUCUGUUACGAUGUUGCUCGUGUACAGAUGUAGAUUCUAAGCUAGCGUGUAUGUAGUCAGGUGCGGUUUGUCCAACGUUCUCUGAUGCUUUACGCGAAUGAAAAGCUGUGCACGCUGAAGACGCCAGAGUGGGUGAACACGUUCAAGCUAGAAGAAUGGAUGACGAUUUAAUAUAUGCUGACGGACCAGGUGCCUCGAUGGAGAGAGACGCCGACAGCAACAAGGAAGAAAACCAUGAGGACUUGGACAAAAGUUCCGAAACCAAUGAUGACCUUUUCGAUGCUGUCCUGACUGGUUCUGUAGACUGGGGUCCAGAUAAGACCGCUCUGAAAAACAAGACUGAAAGCAAAAAAGAGCAAGCUGAUCUGGCUGUAGAGGAGAAGAAAACUACAGUCACCCCUCAGGGAAAAUUGUGUUUAUAUGUCGGCCAUUUCCCCUGGUGGGUGUCUGACGAAGACCUCGUGUCAAAAGCCAAAAGUUUGGGUGUUUGCGAUGUUGUGGACAUCAAAUUUGCGGAAAACAAGGCCAACGGCCAGUCAAGAGGCUAUGCAGAACUGACGGUUUCUUCAGACAAGUCCUUUCGAACGUUGAUGGAGAAACUACCCAAUUGUACAAUGAAUGGGGAGAAGAUUGAAUGCCGCUAUGCCUCUCGUCACAACCUCGGUGUUUUUGCACAGAUUGCACAGCAGCGUUUUCCAUUGCGAGCACACUCAAAUAGUUCCAGAGAGACUUAUACGUCCGACCUGGACCCCCCACAAGAGACUGGACCACUCACAGCGCCGCCACCAUUUCUGCCGCCUCCCCUUGCAAACGCGUUUCCUUCUCAGCCUAGUAUUUUCCCUGCUCAUGUAGUUCCUCCCUACCCGCUGAUGCCACCAAAUAUUCCUCCCCCAAUUCCUCCCUUGUUUCCACCUCCAUUACCGCCAAUGUCAAGUCAACCACCACCCAGCCUUCACCUAAACCCAGCAUUUCUUCCACCACGCCAAGACAGAAACAUGCAUCAGAUGAUGGACCAUGAAUUUGAGGAUCUUAUUAACAGAAAUAGAGCUGUGGCUAGUUCUGCUAUCACAAAGGCAGUGACGGGAGCAACAACUGGAGACCACCAAGAGUCCAUGGAGACUCUAUUAACAGCCAUUGCCAUCAUAAAGCAGUCCAGAGUAUACAGCGACGAUCGCUGCCAAGCUCUGGUCACCUCACUCAAAGAUUGUCUAGUCUCAAUCCAGGGGAAUGGCACGCAUGGGAAGAGCAGUUUUUCAGAAGAUGAAAGGGAUCGAGUUAGAGAUCACGACAGAGAUCGUGACCGAGACCGCGACAGAAAACACUCGUCCAGCAGGGAUGGUGCGGGAGGAUCUCGCAGACAUAGAUACAGAGAUCGGUCCCGGAGUAGAGAGAGGGACAGGGGCCGCUCCAGGGGACAUUCCAGGGAGCGCUCCAGGGAACGCUCCAGGGAACAGGGCCGGCACAGAGAAUACAGAGAGCGCUAUCGCUGACUUGGCUCAUGCAACAUGAGGGGCUAAAGCAAAGACCUCUAGCAUCUUCAGCAAGCUGUAAAUAUGUUGUUAUAUCGUGGUGAGGAGCAGUAUUCCACACUGAGGCCUGUUUUUUCUUUCCGUGUACACUAUUUGACAUGAACCUGUUUUAAAAAAAAAAUACAGUAAUUGUCAUGAUUGUUUAAUGGCCUACAGAUUUUAGUGGUGGCAUGUCAAGACACCUGGUAUAAAACAAAAUGUCAUGUUUUUUUUGUAUUCCAUCAUACGAUUAAAGAAUCUCCCAUCUUCUGUUGUUCAUCUACCUGAGCUCUGUGUCUUGCAAUUGUCAUUUAGUUACACAUAAAAUGCCAUGAACAUUGUAGUGAGCUAAAAUAGAGACGACCCUCUCAAGAUUUCACUUGCAGUGAAAGCGACAAGAACUCACACUUGGACUUCACUCGUCUUGAAUUUAAGUGAUCAUUUUAGAGUGGAACCUUGACUCGAGAACUACGUCGAUGGUAACUCUUUUUGCAAGAUCCUGCUCCAAGUUUCUGUUAGUCCAACUAAACACUGUAUGUACCAGUUCAUAUUUUAAGAGCUCCUCCGUUUGAUCUUAUCCCUUCAUUCAGGCCGUAAACAAGUGGCAGGCGUUUGUCGCAAUUUGAUUUCUAUGUCGAGACAAUGACCACAAACACAGAUUAAUGAAAUUCAACU